AUGAAAAUCUUCCCGUGAACCUCUUUGCACCUUCUUGCUCGUGUUCGUUGUUUGUGGAGCGUCUGAAUGAACCAAAGUUAAAAUGGCUAGCGACGGACCACCAGGAACCGACGCCAACCCGUCCGACCUGGGUGGUGCUGUGGCGUCUCUGAACACAUGGAGUAUCCCCGAGCUGCAGGCUAAACUGGCGGAGAUCGGUGCGCCAAUAAUGGGACCGAGAGAUGAUCUAAUUGACAGACUGAAAGGGUACAUGAUGCAGACUGGUAUGAUUUUGAGCAAACCCAACAUCCAAGGUGGAGAUGACAAGCCAAUGACACAGAUGCCGGGCCUCCCGCCCAUGCCCCCGAUACCCCCCAUGCCCUUGCCCCCUGGCAUGCUGCAGGCCAUGAGCAUGAUGGGAGGACCCCCUCCCCCUGGCAUGCACAUGGGGCUGGAGCCGCCUGGCAUGGGCCAGCCACAGCGCGGACCCAUGGGUGAAUCUCGGGUCAUGGAGGAGCAGAUGAAGGAGCAAGAGCUUCUGGAGCAGCAGAAGAGGGCUGCGGUGCUGUUGGAGCAGGAGCGUCAGCAGGAGAUGGUCGUGAGGCAGCAGGGCCCCCCCGGCGUGAGGAUGCCGGACUCCACCCCCCGCGCCACUCUGAUCCCCAUGUCCAGCCUGCCCCCCAUGAGAGCCAUGAACAGUGGGCCACCCCCUCCUGGUGUGUCCAUGAUGUCCCAGUCCAACCAGAAGCAGCGGAUGCCCCCACCACCCGGAGAAGAUGGCAGAGAGUCUUGGCAGGGUGAAGAGGUGGGCAUUGGACCUAAGAUUCCUCAGGCACUGGAGAAGAUCCUGCAGCUAAAGGAUAUGAGACAGGAGCAGCUCAGCACUGCCCCCCCAGCGGAAGACGAAAGUGAGGGUCUAGACGCCGAGCUGAACAACUCCUCCCUUGCUCUGUCUGAGACAGAGGAUGAUGACUCGGCUCUCUCCAAAAAAGAGAAGAACCGCCGUCGCCGGAACAGGAAGAAGAAGAAGAAGAAGCGUGACCAGGAGCCGCAGAAGGAGUCUGAGGACGCCAAGAAGGGAGAAAAGGAGAAAGAGAAGGAGAAAGAGAAGGAGAACGAGCCGGAGGUGGAGAUCGAAUACAUCACUGAGGAGCCGGAGAUCUACGACCCCAAUUUCAUCUUCUUCAAGAGGAUCUUUGAAGCCUUCAAGCUGACGGACGAUGUGAAGAAAGAGAAGGAGAAGGAGCCGGAGAAGGCGGAGAAGCCUGAGGCCACCACCAUCAGGAAGAAGGGCUUCGAGGAGGAGAGGAAGGACAGUGACGACAGCGAUGACGAAAUUAAGACUGACGUUCCGAAGAUGUCCAAGAAGAAGCUGCGCCGCAUGAACAGAUUGACUGUAGCUGAACUCAAACAGCUGGUGGCGCGCCCGGACGUGGUGGAGAUGCACGACGUGACGGCGCAGGAGCCCAAGCUGCUGGUGCACCUGAAGGCCACGCGCAACACGGUGCCCGUACCGCGCCACUGGUGCUUCAAGCGCAAGUACCUGCAGGGCAAGAGGGGUAUCGAGAAGCCGCCCUUCGAGCUGCCCGAGUUCAUCAAGCGCACCGGCAUCCAGGAGAUGAGGGAGGCCCUGCAGGAGAAGGAAGACGCCAAGACCAUGAAGACAAAGAUGCGUGAAAAGGUUCGUCCUAAGAUGGGCAAGAUCGACAUUGACUACCAGAAGCUCCACGACGCCUUCUUUAAAUGGCAGAUCAAGCCCAAACUGACCAUCCAUGGAGAUCUGUACUAUGAGGGGAAAGAGUUUGAGACUCGUCUGAAGGAGAAGAAGCCUGGUGAUCUGUCUGAUGAGCUGCGUAUCGCCCUGGGCAUGCCCACUGGACCUAACUCUCACAAGGUUCCCCCUCCGUGGUUGAUCGCCAUGCAGAGGUACGGGCCGCCUCCCUCCUACCCCAACCUGAAGAUCCCUGGACUCAACGCCCCCAUUCCUGACAGCUGUUCGUUCGGUUACCAUGCGGGUGGCUGGGGGAAACCUCCUGUGGACGAGACGGGGAAGCCACUCUACGGAGACGUGUUCGGGACCAACGCUGUAGACUUCCAGGCCAAGGCAGAGGAGGAGGAGGUGGACAGGACCCCAUGGGGAGAGCUGGAGCCAUCAGAUGAAGAGUCAUCUGAGGAAGAGGAGGAGGAGGAGAGCGAUGAGGACAAGCCCGACGAGACAGGCUUCUUCACACCUGCCGACAGUGGUCUGAUCACUCCUGGAGGCUUCUCGUCUGUUCCUGCCGGCAUGGAGACGCCUGAGCUCAUCGAGCUGAGAAAGAAGAAGAUCGAGGAGGCCAUGGACGGAAACGAGACUCCUCAGCUCUUCACUGUACUACCAGAGAGGAGGACCGCGUCUGUGGGCGCCGCCAUGAUGGCUUCAACACACAUCUACGACGUCUCUGGGGCGAUGGCGGGCCGUAAGGCGGGCGGUGCGUCGGACAGUCAGGGCGUGGAGGUGGCACUGGCACCGGAGGAGCUGGAGCUGGACCCCAUGGCCAUGACGCAGAAGUACGAGGAGCACGUGCGCGAGCAGCAGGCCCAGGUGGAGAAGGAGGACUUCAGCGACAUGGUGGCCGAGCACGCCGCCAAACAGAAGCAAAAGAAGAGGAAGGCCCAGCCACAGGACACGCGUGGCGGAGCGAAGAAGUACAAGGAGUUCAAGUUUUAAGGCCCUGGGAGGGGGGGAUGAGAGGAAGAUGGAGGUAGAUGAGGAGAAGAAGAAAGGAAAGCGAGGGAGGGAAAGAGGUAGAGAGACAAAGAUAGAUGACUGUCACACACACAACCUUUUCUGAACUUCAUUUUGAAUCGUGCUCAUUGUACUCUGUGUGUGUGUGGGUGUUUUCUAAAGCCAUUCUCUCCUCAAUGGAUGAGUGACACACAUAGAACAGACAUAAGAUCAUAAAUGACUCAUGCCAACCUCAGUCGUAGGCAUGAGUGAAACUGUGCACAUGAGAACCGAGCCUGUGUCCGUGUCGCUAGUUUUAAAUGUGUGGCCCAUCUUAAGGUUUCAGUCGUUGCCUGUGAAUUUACACACUGCGUUAUAAAUUGUAACUUUUUUUUGUCCCUGUUAUUUGAAUAUUUUUAGCAACUUUGCCAGUCUGUAAACUCUUAUAUGAGAUGUCUCGCCAUCACAACGCACCAGAAGAAAAAAAUGUCUCCUGUAACUUUUCUCGUUUUUGAUUUUCACUGUUUUUGUUUGUAAAUAAAAGACAAGUCUGUAUCCUUUUA